CCGGUUCUUUAAAAACUGUCCUCAAUGUUUAUUUUCAUUUUCCCCUCUACAUUUCUAGUUUAAAUUAUUUUAUGCCAAGAGGUCUGAAAUAAAAGGAUAAAAUGGAUGAAGAAAUGAAUACAAUAUUAUUCACAAACCUGCAGCUGCUUGGGAUGGACAUUGUUGAUAUGGAAGCAAAGUACAAAAUUCCUUUCAACAAGAAUAUGUUCAACCUUCCCAACAAAGCAGGCUCAGAGGCAGUAUUUUAUUUUCUGUUUAAUCGUCUUAAUCCAUCUUUGUGCAGAGAACAGUUUAGAGACUGUUGGCCUGUGACAGACAAGAAAACAGAGUUACAGUUCAGGAAAGUUUGCAACGCUUGGUUGACACAUGUUCAGAAGGAGGAACCUGAUGCCCAUCUUCCUAGAAUGAAUGCUUCACUGUUAUUGUCACCUGGUGGUCGCAAAUUUAUUCAUUUGCUCUACAGUUUUUCUACUUUUGUUUUGUUGCAAGUAAUGAAAAUGGAGCAUGGCUGGAAAUCUCAGGAUGCAUUAGUGUAUCCAACGAUGACUCCAAAUCUCAGUGCAGUGGGUAAUGUCAUGGUUUCAUCCAUUCAAGACAGUUGUUGUAGAGAACGAUGGCAGUUCUCUAACAGCCUACAAUUGAUUCUGGCCACUAACGAUCAAUGGAAAGAGUACUGUGGGGAACUGGUGAAAGAAUACAGGUCUCUGUCUAAGUCAUUGAGAGAUUCAGAGAACGAGAAGAGGCAACAAGUCAACAUAACUGCUGAUUCAGCUAUCAAACAUGCUUGCCCACUCCCUGCUAAAAGAACAUUGACGAUGUUUGAUGCUGGCACUGAUGCUUACACUGUGAAAAGGGCUCAAAGAAUGGAAAAAGUGAGGUCCAUGUGGAAAUUCCUGUCAAAAUUUAAUGAGAGCUUAGCAGAGAAAAGGGAAAUAAUUCAGUCUAUUCUGAACAAGACAGCUUCAAAAUAUACAAUAGAUGGAACAGAAAUGGGUGUCCGUGUACCAGGACUUUUGCUGAGGGAGCAUAACAAAGAAAUUCAUAAUCGUGAAAUCGACAAUGUUUAUACUGGUGGUUGCCUUAAUCUUGUGUCAAUUGUAUUACUGUGGAACAUAUGUUUAAAGCUUUAUAAGGAACAAUUAGAAAAAGAGAAACUACCUGAUGUUUCACAAGAACUUCCACACAUAAGUGCUCAGGCUCAUAAACAUCACAGUCUCCUGAGGGUUACACAAGAAAUAAGGGAAGAGUUGAGUAAAAAAACAAUGCCUGAAUUAAAGCAGGACAUUGAACUGGCACAGAAGAAAUUGAACAAAUUAAGUUUGCCCAGGUCAUUGAAUUCUGAUAAUUCUGAUAAGUUCAGGUUUGAGUUGACUGACCCGGCCUAUAUAAAACCUGCCCCAGUCAAAAGUUCUAAGACUGGAGGGACCCCUAAAGGACCUCUAGCUGCUUCCAUCUCUACUAAAAGUACUCCAGAUGUCAUUGUGUCAGUCUCUAACAAAAUAGAAUCUGGAAUCUCCAAACAUGUUUCAAAACCAAAACCUGCUCAAGCUCUACAAGUCAUGCCUGGUCACUUCAUGAAAAUACUCAGAACAAAUGGUACAAAUGAGAAUAAGUCUUCCAAUAAUAAUACUGAGCCUUCAAAACCAUCAAAGAAAGCAAAGCGACCUCCCACAGCACAUCUGUCAACUGCACUUCAAAAGCCGCUCAGACCAUCAGUAAAAGAGAAGAGUCAUACAAAAGAGGAUUCAAAAAUAAAGCUUAAAGGUAAAAUAAGUUCUGCAUCCACCAAAGUGUCAUCUGUUGCAUCCACCCCUAGAACAUCAAAACAAAAAGCUGUUGAUGAACUUGUUGAUUCAGUUGUUGAAUCAGUGUUAAGUAAUGAGAGAAGAGAUUUGAUUGGAGAAAAUUUGUUAGAACUACCAGGACAGCUAGACAACUCAGCAUUUUUGACAAAGAAUUUAGUUGGCAGAAGUCCCAUAGAAGUAAAAACUUAUGGUACGGAAGAGGAUGGGAUUUCACCGAUCGAAGAAUAUUCAGGUGAGCCUUCCAUGCCCCAGUUGGGAACAUUUGACGGCAGAAAGGAUUACUCUGGUUACUUAGAUUUUCUCAAUGCAUCUGCCAGAAAAAGUGCUUCAAACAACUCCAUGUUUGACCAUUAUUUGAGUGAUGAUGCUGAACCAACAGCUGGAGCUGGUCACAGUGAACGUCCACCUGCUGAUGGGCAGGCCAGUUUGUUACAACAGAGAACGUUUCCACAUCUGUUUCGAAAUCCUCGGCAGCAAGAGCAAUACCAGACCCCGGUUAAACAGACCCCAGUUAACCAGGCCCAAAUCAAACAGACCCCAGUUAAACAGACCCCAGUUAACCAGACCCAAAUCAAACAGACCCCAGUCUCACAAUAUGCUUUACUGAAUGAAGUAUACCAUAGCCCAAGGAACUCUGCUCAAGAUUUAUACCAGAGCCCAAGGAACUCUGCUCAAGAUUUAUACCAGAGCCCAAGGAACUCUGCUCAAGAUUUAUACCAGAGCCCAAGGAACUCUGCUCAAGAUUUAUACCAGAGCCCAUGGAAACAACACAGUGCAGCUGUUGAUAGUGGGGUGACAUCAUCAACCUACCUUCAAUGUGUCAAUCAUUCUGUUCUUAGUACACCUUCAGAAAGACACCCUAGGACACAGGAUAAAAUGAGUUUUGUUCUAAGUACACCUUCAGACAGGAGCCCAGGGAUCACUGAGACUGCAGCAGAUCACCUUGUGUCACCUGGCCCUCUGAGCUUCUACAGUGACAGUGAAGAUAGUUGUGAUAACGGACUUGACCGGUCAUACGCCCCUGUCAAGCAAGGCAUUUUACUCACUUCCAGCCAAGUCAAAACCAUAGCCAAUGUUUCUGUCUCAUCCCAGACCCCUUCAGACAGGACAGUUGAAAAGUUGGCCCAGACCCCUUCAGACAGGACAGUUGAAAAGUUGGCCCAGACCCCCUCAGACAGGACAGUUGAAAAGUUGGCCCAGACCCCUUCAGACAGGACAGUUGAAAAGUUGGCCCAGACCCCCUCAGACAGGACAGUCGAAAAGUUGGCCCAGACCCCCUCAGACAGGACAGUUGAAAAGUUGGCCCAGACCACCCCAGACAGGACAGUUGAAAAGUUGGCCCAGACCCCUUCAGACAGGACAGUUGAAAAGUUGGCCCAGACCCCCUCAGACAGGACAGUUGAAAAGUUGGCCCAGACCCCCUCAGACAGGACAGUUGAAAAGUUGGCCCAGACCCCCUCAGACAGGACAGUUGAAAAGUUGGCCCAGACCCCCUCAGACAGGACAGUUGAAAAGUUGGCCCAGACCCCCUCAGACAGCAUUGUUGAAAAGUUGGCCAUGCUCCAACAGAAAGUGUCCCAUAUAUUAAACAGCUCAUCUGAAGGAUCUGUACACGGUGAAGGUGCUGCUAACUCAAGUUUCAGUGCAUGGAGCAAUGAUGUCCAGAGUCUGCUUCAGAACUUAGAUGAUAGUGAGGGGCUUUUAAGUACUGAUUUGAUCAACACUGAUUUGUUAGAUGGAUUAGAUGAUCUCAUUCAGUUUAAUCCAAAUGACAGCAAAUAAUAUUUGAACUAUGUGCCUGAUUCAAGUUUUUGUAAAUAUGAUUUAAGAAAGCUGAUUGUACUUAACAUCUACUUAAUGUAGUUUCUAUUUAAUGUUUGACCAUAGUAGUUAACUUGUAGUAAAUCAAAGAAUUAUACAUUCAUAGAUUCUUUUCAUAUUUCAUCUACAAUGGCAAAAUUUUAAUGUUUUAUAGUUUAUUAUUGCAUGUUUGUAUGUAUAUCACUAAUUAUAGUGGAUGUUAUAAGAUGAUAUUAGUUAGUGUACUUCGUCAAGAACUAUUGCAAUAAAUGAAAUGGUAGCUAUGUUUAGACUAUUGUCUAAUUGUAUGAAGGAAUUAUCAUGUAACACUUGAAAACUUAUGUUAGGGUAAAGCUUUGUAUGUUUUUUUAUUAUAUAAAAUGAUAUACUGCUUUUCCUUAUUUUUAUAAAACAUGAAAUCACAUUUACUCAAAACAAAUCUAACAUGUUUUGGAAAAAACAGUAGUUGAAAUUUGUACUUGCCAUCUUCUGAAUAAACUAUUUUAUUUCUUU